GUAAUUGGGGAACGUUUCUGAUGGGGACAGCGAGCAGCGCGGCGGGGUGAUUGAGAUCGACUUCCUUCCUCUGCCGGAGCACUAACAUGGAGUUGGGGGGUUAUAAAUGCCAGAAAAACAUUUUCUCAAACAAACGAGCCUAUAGACUGCCGCAAUGCACGAGAACUUAAACGGACACAGCCGCGGUUCAAAAAUGAAGGAAGUAACGGGACUCUUUGUUUUUGUGUUGACUUUCCUGGCGGGCAGAGCCGGCGGGAUAGAGCCGAAUAGCGGAUACUGCAUCGGGACUCAGUGUUUCACUGUGUCCCAAGAACCCAGCGACUUCACAGCCGCGCAGAUCCAAUGCAGAGACCUGGGCGGCCACUUAAUUACGGUGCGGUCGAGUGUAUCCCAUGAAACUGUUGAAAUAUUGUUGGGGAACUCGACGGGGCGCUUCUGGAUCGGUUUACAUCGAACGAGCGGCUGCCCAGACGCCGCUGCUGCGCUCAAAGGCUACCAGUGGGUGACCGAAGACAGCGAAAGUGACAUGUUCAACUGGGCGCCGAGUUUUGACAGCAGCUGUUCUUCCCAUCGCUGCGUCUCAGUUUCCCAAAAGGACGGCUUGAAAUGGAUCCAGGAGCCGUGCGAGGAACACGCGGACGGGUUUCUGUGCGAGUACAGUUUCACUGACCCGUGUAAAGGUCUAACGGUUGCAGUGGGCGAGACCGUCACAUACAGGAUCCCCAUGGGGUUUGUGGGCGAGGAUGUGCUAUCUUUGCCGCCUGGGAGCACCGCUAUCCGGAUGCCGGCUAAGACUAAAUACGUCUGCUUGUCGGAGCAGUGGCUGCAGGCGCCCUGGAGCUGCGAGACUCACCAAGGCGGGUGUGAGUACAAAUGCGCAGUGGCUCCCAACGACGUGCCCUCGUGCUACUGCCCGCCGGGCCAAACGAUCAACCCAGCGAAUAAAGUCACCUGCGAAGCGAGCGCAGAGGAUCCGUGUCUGCCUCUGCGCUGCGCGCACGCCUGCUACAAGAAAGGAGAGUCCUACGCGUGCAUGUGUGACCACGGCUUUAAGCUGGCGCGGGACGGCAGGUCGUGCACAGACUUCACCGACUGCAGGGACAAGCGCAAGUGUCCGGGGGAGAACUUCAAGUGCGUCAGCGUCACCGAAGGGUUUCAGUGCGUGUGCAAGGACGGAUACAAGAUGAGCGGCGGCCUGUGCGUUGACGUGGACGAGUGCGCGUCCGCUCCGUGCGAGCACCACUGCACCAACAGCCCUGGUGGCUACACGUGCUCUUGUGAUGACGGAUAUAAAGAGGACCCAAAGUCACCUGAUAAGUGUAUUCUCCACUGUGGGAAGGAGGAAUGCGUCGCCGAGUGCGACCCGAACGACCAGUUCAAGUGCGAUUGCCCUGAUGGUUAUAUAAUAGAGGAAAGGGAGGACCAUUCGGUUUGUAUAGACAUUGACGAGUGCUCUUCUUCUUAUUGUGAUAACGGUUGUACAAACACAUUCGGCAGCUAUGUGUGCACGUGCCCUGCUGGGUAUAAAUUAGUUGAAGAAUCCCGGUGCGUAAAAGAUGACGGGGCCACGACUCCGAAAAUGCCCACAGUAUCAGCCGCGCCGUAUCCAGAGCCUACCCGGCAGCCGUCAGUGGUGACAGUGGGGGGUCUCGUGGGGAUAAUAUUGUGCACCGUGUUUGUGAUUGUGUUGGUGGUUUUUCUGGCUCAUCACAUCCUCAGCGGCAGAGGGAAGAUGGAGAGCGCAGGCGAGCUCAAAGCUCCGGAGGGCGAAGCACGGUUUACAGAAAGUGAUGCGUAAAAGAAGAAGAAGGGGGUCGGGGGGGAGGGAGAUAAAGCAUGACAAGUGAAUGUUACAGAAGCCUCGGAAACAACAGAGGCCUUUUUGGACAGUUUUUUUUGUUGUUGUUGUUGUUGAAAGACUUUUUACAGGAAAACAAUUAGGGAGACAGUAAUGUGGUUAUGAUGCCACAGGAGAUAAGGCCACUAUAAACUCACAAACAACACAAAUACAUAUUCAAGAUUUCUUUGCGGAUGGAUAUUCACUGCCAUAGGACUGGCUCUGUGUACCAUUUCAACUCACAUACACCACAUGCAAUGUAAUAAAACAUGACAGAGAAGUUUUUUUUUCAAGUUUGUGCUGGAACAUUAUUACAUUAUGAAAAUGUGA